CAGAGAUACAAACCACAACUCUUUGAAAAUCGAUAGAUAAUUUAUGGUUCAUAUUAUCAGUUUAUCAAGGUUUUCUUAUCACCCAUUGUCUCGUUCAUUUCUGCCAUGUUUGCAAAACUGUCCGUCCACCAGCUGAGAGAUCUUCUCCCUUUCUUUACUUCCCAUCCAAAAUUUGCAUUAUUUGCCAACGCUGUGAAAUUCGAAAUCGAAAAACGUCUACCCAAUCAUCCGUGUGAUUUCUACAGCUAUCAGAAAUCCGAAGAAAAUGCAAAGUACUUCUAUUGCUUCCGCCAUAAUCGCCUUCCAGAUAGUUGUCGGCCAAUUCUAAUGAUAGGAAGCGUUCAAACCACGGUCAACGGGGAUGACGUCAUCUGUGGUCUGGAACAAAUCAAAAACUCGGAACCUGAGUUUGAAAACAUUAUUCUUCUUGUAGCUAGUACGGAACUCGCGAAAUUGGCCAACAAGUAUCUUACAACCUGCUGUAAUAUCCGUGAGAACUAUAAUGUUCCCUGUAACAACUUCUACCUACCUAUCACUGUUUGCCCUGAAAUUCAAGAAAAAGUCGAUGGAAUCACUCUUCCUGUCUCCUUUUCAAUUGGUUCCACUCGACUCGAAGAUGCCGAAAUCGUGAAUUCCACGUGGAAAUUUGCCACCCCGGAAGACAUUUUGCAACAAAAGGAGAAGAUACAACGCCUUCCGACCGCCUGUAUAUUCCACGAGGAAAAACCGAUUGCGUUUGAAAUGAUAGGAUUACAUGGGCAGUUAUCGCACCAAUACACAAUGCCAGGAUACAGAAAUCGAGGAUUUGGAGCGAUCAUUGAGAAUUCAAUUGUUUCGAAAUGUUUUAGAGAAGGGAUCACACCUGUCAAAUCGGUGGAGUUGAGCAAUGAGCCGGUACUGAAAAGAAGUUUAGAGCAUCCACUCUGGGAAAUCGUGAAGGAUGAGAAUGGAGACAAAGUGAUUUUCGAUUAUAUUGAGUAUUAUUGAAAUUGAUUAUCUAAAACAAAUAGAAUAUAUUGUUGGUUGUUUUUCUUUUAAUUUUUGAAGGAAUAUUUUAUAGGUUGA